AUGACAGCUCAAGCCAAUAGGGGUGUUGAGACUUAUGUGAACCCUAAUGUGAGUACUAUGGCUUCUAGGUUGAGGAAUUUUGUUAGAAUGAACCCCCCGGUGUUUCUUGGUUCCAAGGUGGGAGAGGAUCCCCAAGAGUUUGUGGAUGAGUUAUAUAAGGUAGUUGAUGCUAUGGGGGUGAAUUCUAUAGAGAAAGUGGAGCUAGCCGCUUACCAAUUGAAGGAUAUUUCUCAAAUUUGGUUUACUCAAUGGAAGAGCAAUAGGCCGGUAGGAGCGGGUCCCAUAGAUUGGGAGGUGUUUAAGAAUGCAUUCCUUGAUAGGUUCUUUCCCCGUGAGAAAUGGGAGGUUAAGAUGGAAGAAUUUAUCAACCUUAGGCAAGGUAGCAUGGGUGUGCAAGAGUAUUCUUUGAAAUUUACCCUAUUGCCUAAGUAUGCUCCAACCAUGGUGGCGCACUCUAGGGCUAGAAUGAAUAAUUAG